AGAACCUUCAAAACAAAACCAUUUAUCAUUAACUUGGAAGAUGUUUGCUUUGUACUCCCUGUGAGCAUGUGGUCGCAUAGGCCGAGUCCUCCGUGCACGUGACUUAGCCGCCGAAAAGUCCAUUCCGCCAACUUCUUCGCCGGCAUCCUGUUUGCAAAGGAUCUCAGUUGCGCUACGACUGGGACGACCGCCAAUCCCAUCCACAAUGCACCGCCAAUCGAUCACGCGGGUCACUCGGCAGCUCGGGGGUCUCCAGCUGUCCGAAUUGCCCCCUCCGUACCUUGCGCCAUCCCUCCAUUUCCCCCUAAGCCGCUCGCCCAUCCAAUGCUCGAACUUUUCGACAACGGCCGCUGUCGCCGCGCGUGGACGCGACCUGAGCAAAUCCCGCGGAGUGUCUGCGAUUCACCGCACUGGGCCUAAGUUCCGGCUAGGUGCUUCGAAGUACCCGCUGCCCAAGCCUGUGGUGCCUGAGGGACUCGAGAAGCGGAGCCCGAAUCCCAACCAUGGACUUUGGGGAUUCUUCCCCCCGGAUCGCCAAGCCUUGAGCACGCCUGCUUACGAUAUUGCGUUCGGUCGCCCGUGGUCGAUCCAGGAGCUGCGCGAGAAGUCGUGGGAGGAUCUCCACUCUCUCUGGUGGGUGUGUGUCAGGGAAAACAACCGUAUAGCCACUUCCAACCUAGAACGAGAGCGACUGAAGGCUGGAUAUGGAGAGUGGGAGGCUGGUGAGCGGAAGCGAGUGAUCAAUGUCACGCAGAACGGAAUCCAGCACGUUCUUCGGGAGAGAUGGUAUGCCUGGGAGGAUGCACAGAAACUAUACAAGAAUGGCUAUCGCCCUCAGGAGGAUGACAGCCAAGAGGCAAGCCAGGAGCCGCCCUCUGGGACUGCAUGAUUCAACUUAGAAAGCAUUGAAUCUCUUUCCUCGGCUGCAAGAAGUGCUGUUGGUGUUGUAUGUAGAAAUCCUGUAUCAUCAAUAUUUGAAUUCAUGUUCCCACUAUCUCUUG